AGAGGGGUUGCCAGAUGUGAGCAGGUUGUCUUCUGCUGCAAUGUAACAUCUGAGGAAGAUCUUAACAGAGAUUAUUCACAGUUUUGCGAGGGUCCUAAAGUGAUGGAAACAAAACAUGCAGCCGAGCUCCAUGUUUACAGUACUUCAUUAAGGACAUGCAGUUGAUUCCUCUUGACUGUGUCAGUGUGUGACUGCUUGUGCCAGGAUGAGGACACACCUCAGUUUGGCUAUGCUCUGUGUGCUGUCUGCAGCCGGAGUUUGCAGCAGUACAUCUGCACCAGGGAGACCAAGUCUACUUGGCUGCCGCUCCCCAGAGAAGGAGACGUUUUCCUGUUGGUGGGAGCCAGGCUCCGACGGAGGGCUGCCAACUGAAUACCGCCUCUUCUACAUGAGAGAAAAUUUGAGGGGAGUCCACGAAUGUCCGGACUACGUCUCUGCAGGGAAAAACUCCUGCUUCUUUGACAAGGAACACACUUCCAUCUGGGCUGAGUACAACCUGAGAGUGGUGGCCACAAACGCCCUGGGGAACGCCUCGUCAGACUUCUUCAUAAAUGAUGUGAUGAAAUAUGUGAAGCCUUAUCCUCCCGUAAAUGUCACAGUGCUGGCAAACAGCAGCACUCCCAGUGCAUAUCUGCAAAUACAAUGGAAAAGUCCUCCAAACGUGGACGUCAAAUCUGGCUGGGUCACUGCAAAUUAUGAGCUGAGGAUUAAACAAAACGGCAAGGAGUGGAAGAAUGUAGAAACAGGUGCACAAAAUGUUUUAAACCUGUACAGUGUCGAUCCCGGGGCCUCCUACAUGGUUCAGGUGCGCUGUAAGCUAGACCACGGCAACUGGAGUGAGUGGAGCAACACCACAUUUGUUAAAAUUCCGAAACAUCAUCAGAUUGAGAACCGCUUUUGGAUUCUGAUCUUUGCUUUUGCUAUGAUUCCUUUGUUGGCAACAAUAUGCAUCUUAGUGCUGAAGAGGAAACUGUUACUCAGUUUGAAGCAGUGGUUUCUGCCUCCUGUUCCUGGUCCAGUGAUAAGAGGAGUUGAUGUUCAGCUUUUCAAGAGUGGCCAACCAGAAGAUGUCGUAAACGUUCUCAUCGGCAAUCAGAACUUUCCUCCUAUGAUGCCGUGGACGGACCAGGUGGAGGAGUACCUGCUGGUGUCAGACAGUGAUGCAUGGCAGCUGACUGAUCCCUACAAAUUUCAUAAAAAGAAGGAAAAUUUUAUUAUUGAAUUACACUUGGAAUCAAAAAUCCAACACAGGGAGUCGACCCCUGGCCAGAAUGCCUGGGAAAAGACUGAGGAGAGUAAGGAUGAAACGGGCAACUUGGAAAGCUCCGAUGUUUCCCAGUCAGAAAGCAACUUAUCGAACAUGGAGCCAACGAAGCUGCUUAUAGAGGAACAGGGAUGUCCAAGCACAGAAAAAGCAGCCUUAACGAAUGUCAUCCAGCCCCUCGCAAACACCACUUAUGUGGAUUUUCAGCAACGAGAGAACUUCUGGGAUAAUAGUCCAUCACAGGCUGAAUACAGCAGGGUGAAAGAAGUAAACGGCGAGACCAUCCUCAUCCUCAACAACGAAAACAUCCUUCCUGGCUCAGACGUUCAGGAGCAGGAGAUGAACGGGGAGGUGAACCCACCAGAUGACUACAGUAGGGUCAAAGAGGUGAACAGUGACUUGGUUUUAUUGCAGAAACAUGACUCAGCUGACUCCUACUGUAAAAAAAAGGAAGACCACUACACAGAGUGGAUCAGUCAGAGACCGACAACGCCUCAUGAAGGCGAGCACAGCAAAGGAUUGUGCUCAGAAAUGGUUGAAAGUGGAUAUGUGGAUUCUGUUCCCGCUUUUUCUGUUAAAUGAUCUGUUGAGGUGUGACAGUCACAUUGGUCAUGAUUUAAAUGGUAAAUGGACUGAACAUAGCACUUUUCCAGUCAUACAGAGCACUCAAAGCGCUUUACACUAGAGCUCCGUAUCAAUUCACACAUUGAUACGCAGAUCGGUAGGCAACUUGAGGUUAAGUGCUUUGCCCAGGGGCACAUGAACAUAUGGCAGCAGGAAGCUGGGAUCAAACCCACAACCUUCUGAUUGCAAGACAACUACUCUUCCUACUGAGCCACAGUCGCCUUUACUGUUGAGUCAUGGGACACAGUCGAUGCAAUGUGUUCUUACUUUUGCUAUCGGCAACAAAUGGAACAAUACUGGAUGGGACAGACUUAUUUAUGGGAUGCACCAGCUGAUCUCCAGAGUGUAAUUUAUUUAUCUACCAUAGACUGAAGAAAUCAGAUUGCUUUGACAACCCUCUGGGUUUUUAAGUUUCCACUUUUAUUGUGAAAGUGGUUCAGCUGUACAUCUGUUAAAUGGAUUUUGAAAAACAACUUUGGAUGACAUUUUUCUGGCAGUGUGAUUUUUACCAGUGGCUUGUUAUUGAGUUUCCAUCACGAAUUCAGACUCUUGCUUUAACCCAAAGAGGACCAUCAGGUCAAAAUGACCUACCUGAAACACUAAAAACCCACCUACCACUCAUCUGCUGCUCCUGAAUGUAGUUAUUUAACCCGUGUUUAGUACAAAAGCUAACAAUCAAGUAAAAUCUUUCAGCCAACACGUAGAGAGCCAGUGCAUUCUCACUGAGAGUUGCAAGUGGACUCCUAACUACCCUUCAAACACUUUACAGAAAUGUCAGACUGCAAAAAUACAUUUUAGCUUAACUAUCUGAUUAUUUUUUGCAGUAAGUGAUAAUACAGAUCUUCACCACCACAAGCAGGAAAAGUGUUGCAAUUGAUGAGCUUAUUAAAUAUUUUUUGUUGUUUUUGUCUGUGUGGUAAAUCCUGGUGAGUCUGGUUUAUGUGAGAAGUGUGCACCUGAUAUACCUGUCUGCCUAGUUUUGGUUUCAGAGUCUACAUCAGACUAUCGACAGCACUAACAUGUUCACUGUGGUGACAAAAUCUAAUGUGAAUUUUUUUCUGCCCACUGGAUGGGUCUUUUAUUUCUGUCAAAUCACAAAUAAAAACAGGUUAUUCUCACAUUUUUGUUGACUAAUCCAAAUAAAGAGUUUAUUUUUGCAUGAGGAAA